GAGGGUUCUGUUGGACUGACCAACUUGCUGAGGCCAGGUAACAACUCUCAGACACCCCCUCUUACCCCUCGAACAGGACCAUACUAAAGUGCACCAGGCCAUUGUCUCCCACACCAUUACCAUCACUCAUCCACUGCCACCAACUUCACAGUUCCCUCACCCCACACUUCCUGUUUCUACCUCCUACUCAAGAUCCAUACACCUGACCAUCUAAGUAGACCUGUUGUUUCUGCUUGUUCCUGGCCCACCGGACUUGUAUCCGCAUGUCUCGACUCUGUUUUAUCCUUCUGGUUCAGUCCCUUCCUACCUACAUCUGUGACACUUCACAUGCUCUUUUCAAUUACUUCAAGAUCCCUGGCCCCAGUCGUCUCAUUUUCAUAAUGGAUGUCCAGUCUCUAUAUACCUCCAGCCCCCAUCAGGAGGGUCUUACAGCUCUCUACUUCUUUCUUGACUACAGACCUAACCAGUUCCGCUCCACCACCAUUCUCCUCUGUCUAGCAGAACUUGUCCUCACUCUCAAAAAAUUUCUCCUUCAACUCCUCCCACACAAAGGUUUGCACAUGUUUGCCCUCACCCUGUCCUGCACUGCCACACCAGGGUUAGGGUUUCUCUUGUCCUCCUCUACCACCCCAUUAGCCUUCAUUUUGAGCAUAUAAUUCUCUGUAACUUCUGCCGUUUCCAAUGGGAUCCCACCACCAAGCUCAUCUUCCCCUCCCCCUGCUUUCUGCAGAGAUCGUUCCCCACCGGAUUCCCUUGUCCACUCGUCCCUCCCCACUGAUCUCCCUCCUGCAAGCGGAACAAGUGCCACCCUGCCUCUACACCUCCUCCCUCACUACCAUUCAGGGCCCCAAACAGACCUUCCAGGUUGAGGCAACACUUCACUUGUGAACUUACCGUAUCUGGUGCUCCCAGUGUGAACUCCUGUAUAUCAGUGAGACCCAAAGUAGAUUGGGAGACCAAUUCACUGAGCUCCAACACUCCAUCUGCUAGGAAAAGCCGUAUCUCCUAGUGGCCACCCAUUUUAAUUCUACUUCCCAUUCCAAUGUGUCAGUCCAUGGCCUCCUCUACUGCCACGAUGAGACCACACUCAGGUUGGAAGAGAAACGCCUUAUAUUCCAUAUGGGUAGCCUCGAACUUGAUGAUUGAGUAUGAACACAAUUGAAGGUGAAUCUAACACAGUUACCUUGGAAACUAUCAGCUCAGUAACUCUAGCCCAGGACACCGAAGGCAAUCUGAUUCUACAUUGUCCUCAGAACGAUUUAGACUCUGAGGAUAAUCAAGAACCUCUGCACAAAAGGCUCUGUUUGUCAGCUGAAGAUGAUGCAAGUCUUGAAUCCACGGGUAUCGCAGGCCCAUUUGCGACAGUACAGUCGGUUGUUACUCUCCCAAUUUCAGACAACGAUCAAAGUUUUGAGGUAACCAUGACAGGAGAGGCAGCGUCGGAGCUGUCUCAUGCAACAGAAAUUGAAGACACAGAAACUAUUACUCAGAUACAGAUCUUGCACAAUGAAGAUCAAAUUGAGGGAAUUUCUCCCCAGAACAAUGAAGAUCUCGAUCCUGUCAGUCAAGCAUGGUUUACAACAAAGGAAGAUAAGGACACCCUGCAGAACAAAGGUCACAAGUGGAAGCAGGGAAUGUGGUCAAAGGAAGAGAUAGACGUCUUAAUGAGCAAUAUUGAAAACUACCUACAGAUUCAUGGUCUAAGCGACGCUACAGAAGUCAUAUUUGAAAUGUCUAAAGAUGAAAGAAAAGAUUUCUACCGAACGAUUGCGAGGGGUCUUAAUCGGCCAUUGUUUGCAGUGUACAGAAGGGUGCUCCGAAUGUAUGACAACAGAAAUCACGUGGGGAAGUACACGCCACAAGAAAUCGAAAGGCUCAAAGUGUUGCGAUCCAGGCAUGGGAAUGACUGGGCAACGAUUGGGGCAGCUCUGGGAAGGAGUGCUUCCUCUGUGAAAGACCGAUGCAGAUUAAUGAAAGACACGUGUAACACUGGUAAGUGGACGGUGGAGGAAGAGAAGAGACUGGCUGAGGUGGUGCACGAGUUAACAGCCACUGACCCCGGCGACAUUGUCACACAGGGAGUAUCUUGGGCAGCAGUGGCGGAGCGAGUGGGGACCCGCUCGGAGAAGCAGUGUCGCUCCAAGUGGCUCAAUUACCUCAACUGGAAGCAGAGCGGAGGGACAGAAUGGAGCAAAGAUGACGAAAUGAACCUAAUCCUGAGAAUUGCAGAACUGAACGCAGAAGAUGAGAGUGAGAUAAAUUGGGAUGUCAUGGCCGAAGGUUGGAGCAGUGUCCGCUCUCCGCAGUGGCUGAGAAGCAAAUGGUGGACAAUCAAGCGGCAAGUUACAAACCACAAGGAUCUGACAUUUGCAGAGCUGGUCGAGAGCCUGCGGCAGCUGGUGGAGACCCUGAAGCAGCCCCACCUACCGGUGCACCAGCUCCCUGAGGGUCAAACUGGGUCGAGUUCACGCAGUUCGAAUCCAGCCUCUGUCCAGCAGCUACGCGUCCGGUUGGCUCAGAUGGAGGAGAGCAGCAGUGUCCUGAACAGCCCCAUGACAGCCCUACAAAUCCCUGUGCAGAUCACUCACGUCGCAACAGGCGAUUCCUGCGGCACUAAUGUAGACUGUGAAACAAUCACUCUGAAUGCUGGAACCCUGCAGAGGUUCGAAUUCCUCCCAUCAUUCCGGCUGCAGCCCACAGGAACACCAGGAACGUACCUGAUCCAGACCAGCUCAAGCCAAGGCCUUCCAAUAACCCUAGCGAGUCCUGCCGUCACACUGACCUCACCCUCCUCCCCGGAACAGAUCAUCGUGCACACACUCUCAUCUGAAAGCCUCCUCCACGGUACCAGUGACAACCCCAGUGUACAGAUGGCACAGCCAAGCGUCAUCAUCCAUGCAGUUGCCACCGAUGACAUUACUUCCUCCAUAACCCAAGCGGAGCUGACGGUUGACCCCGAAAUCGACCAAGCUGCUUUGACUGAGCGCCAGAUCGACUCCAGCUCCCUCGAAUCCACUACCUACAGUGAGAUCGAUGAGGCAAAGCUAACCGAGGACCAAGGUGCUGGUCAAAGCAACCUUGCCAGGACAGAGAUUGACCAAGCAAGCCUCAACUGUGACAGUCGUGAAGAUAUGAUGGGCUCGGGUGUCAAUAUUAACGAGACAAACCUCCGGCGGGAAGUUGAGGUGCGGUCUGAUCUCAGUGGUGCUUACACAGCAGAGGCUCUGGUAUCUCCCGGCAUCGACGCAGGCAUUGAUGAAGAAGCAACGCUCAUCGUAUCCUCGGAUCACAGCUUCAUUCAGCCCACGAACGACAUUGACAAUGAUUCCGUUUUGCCGCUAUCGACGCUGACCGAUCCUAUUUUAGAAACCCAAGGGAGCUGCACAGACAUCAUCAGCUCAUCGCUGGAAAACCCGGAUCCAGACGAGUAAAGAUCAACUGUGUACCUGUAUGCUCCGUGAGGAACGCUGAUGGAAACAGACCAAGGAACACUGAUAUUUCCAUGUAUGGUGCUGCCUUCAAAAAAGAAACUGCAUAGAACUGAAAUUUCAGAGCAUCAUUGUCAUUUGAAUUCACUUUUCUGCGGUACAGAUUUACUAAAUGUGACAUUGUACCAAGGAAAUGAUAUAUUCAAUAAAUGCAUCAGCCCUCCCCCUCCGCUUAUUAUGUUAAAGAUUGACAGAUAGGGUUAUUUAUUUAAGCAGUUGAGAAACUGUGAAAUGGAAGUGUUAUUUUUUUUACUGAAUGAAUUUAACUUCACCUUUAAGAUAGUUUGAAAGUUUCUAGUUUUAAGUCUUCACAGCUUAUAAAACAACUCUGUACAAAGCAGCUUUGAACGUCAUUAUCCAUUGUCUCCAAGGGUUUUAUGCACACAAACGCACAUUCAGGUAUUGCAAGAGGGGUUAAAUGUUCCAAGUUUCAUACAUAUUGUUGCAACCUGAUUGUAUGUUAGGAACUAAGUAUCUGAAUUUCCCAGUGCAUCUUAGUCCAGGAUAGAACAAAGUGUUCUGGAGUCCAAUUCUGGCACCAUUUUGUAAGCAGUCUUUGUCUGUCCUCCCCGUGGAAUGUGUGGGUUUCCUCUGGGUGUUCUGGUAUCCAAAGAUGUACCACGUAGAUUCAUAGGUAAUUGUAAUUAGUUUAGGGUUAAUUGGGGUUGUGGGGUUUUCUGGGACAGCGCAGCUCAAAGGGUUGUACCGCUAAAUAAAUACCUCUGUCCCACCACCUUCAAAACAAAAAGCAACUGCCCAAGGUAUAAUGAAGGACAAACACUGCCCCAAAGCACGCUUGCACUAUAGUAACAAUAAAAAUACUUAAGGUUUUGUGAACAAACAACAGCACAGGCCCUUCGGCCACAAUAUUGUGCCAAACUUUUUGUCUGUUCCAAGAUCAAUCUAACCCUACACACCCCAUAACCCUCCUUUUUUCCCCCCCUAUUAUCAAUGUGCUUAUCAAGAGUCUCAUAAAUGUCCCUAAUGUAUCUGCCUUUACUGCCUUUCCUGGCAGCACAUUCCACACACCCACAACUUACCUCUGACAUCCCUCUAUACUUUGCUCCAAUCACCUUAAAAUUAUGCCCUCCCUUAUUAGCUAUUUCUGCCCUGGAAAAGGUGCUGACUGCCCACUCAAACUAUGCCUCUCAUCAUCUUGUACACCUCUAUCAAGUCAUCUCUAAUCGUCCUUUCUUCCAAAGAGAAAAGCUCCAGCUCACUCAACCUCUCCUCAUAUGACAUGCUCUAAUCCAGUAAAUCUCCUCUGCACCCUCUUUAAAGCUUCCACAUCCUUCCUAUGAGGCUACCAGAAGUGAACACAAUAUUCCAAGUGUGAUCUAACCAGGAUUUGUAAAGCUGUAACAUUACCUCGCGGCUCCUGAACUCAAUCCCAUUUCACCAAUUACUCACAUUAGUAUUCAAGUUAUUUUUAUGCACAAAUGAACAGAGCAUAUUGCAAGUUCAAUGUAUAUAAAUUAUUUUAUUACUAUUUAUUCUUUAAAACAAAGUAAAUGCUUUCCUACAGUGUGUUGUCUGCUCAGUUCAGUCUUGGUUUGACUAUCAUUUCAUUGUACAAACACAGUAGAGUUAAGUGGUUGCAUAGUGCAGUCAAGUUCAAGACAAAAUAAACAUUCGUCCUGCAGUA